AUGAGUUCCAGUGUGGUGGCCAAACCUCAGAUGUGGGGCCUUCUGGGCAGGCGUCUGCAGAUUAAUAUUGUUGGAGCAUUCGUUGUCUCCCUGGGAGUUGCAGCUCUGUGUAAAUUUGGUGUGGCUGAACCAAGAAAGAAGGCAUAUGCAGAUUUCUAUAGAAAUUAUGAUUCCAUGAAAGAUUUUGAAGAAAUGAGGAAAGCUGGUAUCUUUCAAAGUGUGAAGUAAUUUAGGAAUACAAAGGUUUCUUUGGAUUCCGUUCCAUAGAUAUUUGUCACUGAUCAGCAUUCCUGAACUGUGAAACAUCAGUAUGUGACUAAGGAAUACUUAGU